AACUGCUGACUUCGACACAUGUAACCUCGUUACCAUGUAAACAUUUCGAUUCGAGAAAUUUUGGGCGUUUGGGACGCAGGUGCUUACGCACUGUCUUUCAACUUGGUAUAGGAUAUCCAGGAGGGACACCUCUUAUCAGUAUCCAAUCGCUCGAUAUACAAUCUUACUCGUCUUCAGCUGGUACGUAGACCAUGUUGACCCUGGCUCACCUUCACUGUGUGGGGCAAGAAAUUCAGUGAUAUCUCGCAGGCCAACACACUGUUGUGCUGAAUUCUGUCACAGCAGCGAUUGGAAUGCUGGAUAAGGAAAGCUCUGUAUACUCAGACCGUCUAUUCUUCCAAUGGCCAGUGAACCUAGCAUCUACCGGGUGUAUAUGCUCGCGCGAACUGGGCUCAGAACAAAUUGUGCAAGAUGGCUGGUCCAUAGGAUAUUUAAAUCUAACCAGGAGUCACGUUCAAACUUCACGUGAUGUGUCGCAGGUGGUAGAGUGCGUCGACGCAUCUUUAGCUGGGAAGGUUUUCUCAUGGCGGCCGACUGACCUAAGACCACCCUUGCGCACCUCGCUCACCAGGUUCACGAUGAUGCCCACACUCUUUACGCCCAUCCAAGUAGGUCACAUGAGAGUAAGUCACCGUAUAGUCCUCGCCCCCCUCACCCGUGUUCGUGCCUACCCCACGCACACCCCCGGGCCCCAUGCAGCCACCUACUAUGCGCAACGUGCAUCCCUCCCGGGAACAUUCCUCAUCUCCGAAGCGACCUUCGUCUCCCAAGCUGCUGGUGGGAGGGACUUCGUCCCAGGGAUCUAUACCCAGGAACAUGUAGAAGGAUGGAAAAGGGUCACUGAUGCCGUACACGAGAAGGGUAGUUUCAUAUUUUGCCAGCUGUGGGCACCCGGAAGGGCUGCAAUCCCAGAAGCCCUCGUCAAAGAGAAUAACUCCCCGCUUGUAUCUGCCUCUUCUAUCCCACUUUCCACCCGUCCUACUGCGGUCCCGCACGCACUCACAGAACCAGAGAUAAAAUCAUACAUUGCCAGCUUCGCUACUGGUGCUAGGAACGCUAUCGCAGCAGGCUUCGAUGGCGUCGAAAUACAUGGUGCAAACGGAUACCUCGUCGACCAGUUCUUGCAAGAGGUGAGCAACACCCGGGAGGAUGGAUGGGGCGGGAGUAUCGAGAAGAGAGCAAGAUUUGCGAUAGAGGUCGUGGAUGCGCUUGUUAAGGAAGUUGGCGCUGAGAAGGUCAGUAUCAGAUUAAGUCCAUGGAGUCCGUUUCAAGACAUGGGCCUCCCUGAUCCCAAACCACAAUUCUCCUACCUCGUAAACGAGCUCAGGAAGUACGACCUCGCCUAUCUUCAUGUCACAGAGCCACGUGUCGGUGGAACCAUUGAUGUGAAUGCACCACCGCAGAGUAGCAACAAUUUCCUGCGUGAGAUAUGGUGCAAGGAGGGAAAGAACGGGGUGCUUAUCAGUGCGGGUGGGUACACACGACAGAACGCAAUCGAGACAGCACAGGAGCAUGGGGACAUGAUAGCAUUUGGCAGAUUGUACAUUCCGAAUCCUGACCUCCCUGCACGACUUAUACACGACCUGCCGCUUGCCAAGCCCGACCGUGCAACAUUCUACCUUGCUGGCGAUGUCACUGAGAAGGGAUAUACUGAUUUCCCAGCGGCAGACGUACAGGUAGAACAGAAGUCAUGAAUGGGAUUUCUUUUACGACCAACAUAGUGGAGGUGAGCGUCUCUAAACAAUAAUCAAGAUCAGGAGGUACGUUGUGAGAUCUGGAGGAGACGUGUUGAACUUCACAGCUUUCACAUAUUUUUAUGAAUGAGUGCAUGAGCUUACGCGUUGGUCUAGUACCUAUACGAUGAACUUGGGUUACCAAGGAUGCGGUGCCACUUAGUUUCAGGCAGUUGUACCACCAUUCCGCUUCAUCAAAUGUAGUCCGACUGCGGUGGGGCACUUCUGUAGUUAGAUCGAAGUGUGUAUUGCUAUCAUUUCACCUCACAAUGCCCCUUGAGAGACAAUACCAGACAAACUGUAUGAA